GAAACCGGACAUUGCCUUGCUUUACUGCGAAGGACCACGGAGAGGAAAUCGCUGUCUGAACCCUGCAAGAACGAAGGAACGAACGACAAGGUCUCUCUCUCUCUCUCCCCCCCCUGUGCGUUCGAAGUUUUCUCUCGGAGCCGGGUCGACUCAGUGAGGAGGGGGGGCGUGAAGACGUACGACGAUGAGCCAGGAAUCGUUCAUCUACAGCUUCGUGGCCCGGGGAACCAUGGUGCUGGCGGAGUACACCGAGUUCACCGGCAACUUCCCCGCCAUAGCCGCCCAGUGCCUCCAGAAGCUUCCUUCCUCCAACAACAAGUUCACUUACAGCUGCGAUCACCACACCUUCAAUUUCCUCGUCGAGGACGGCUACGCUUACUGUGUUGUUGCUAAAGAGUCGGUAGGCAAGCAGAUAUCAAUUGCAUUUUUAGAGCGUGUGAGAGCGGACUUUAAGAAAAGAUACGGGGGCGGUAAAGCAGACACAGCUGCUGCCAAAAGUCUCAACAAGGAGUUUGGGCCAAUUAUGAAGGAACACAUGAAGUAUAUUAUUGACCACGCCGAAGAGAUUGACAAGUUAAUUAAAGUCAAGGCUCAAGUUUCAGAAGUGAAAAGUAUUAUGCUAGAAAAUAUAGACAAGGCAAUCGACAGAGGCGAGAACCUGACAGUUCUAGCAGGAAAGACUGAAAGCCUACAUGAUCAGGCCCAAGCGUACAAGAAACAAGGCACACAGAUUCGGCGAAAGAUGUGGUACCAGAACAUGAAGAUCAAGUUGGUCGUGCUUGGAAUUCUAUUAGUUCUGGUCCUGGUAAUCUGGCUUUCGAUAUGCCAUGGAUUCGAUUGCACCAACUAGCUCAUCCAUCCAUGCAUCCAUCAUCACACACUCUGGAACAGAGCAAAAAUCUUGGUUUCAAUUUAUACAUGUAGAGUUUAUCUUUGAGGGGAGAGAGAAAUGUAUCAUUGGUUGUGUUGUCUUAUGAAGGAAUAGCAUUUGCCAAUGUAUCUGUCAAAACAUUGUAUUGUAACAUGAGCCUUUAUGGGGCAAGCUAUGAUGCCAAUAUUCGUGUCUUAAUGGCAUAUUCGUGUUUUGCCUAAAA